CUAAUAACUGCCUCAAUCAGAAGACACUGAGCUCAGGAUCCUCACAAACAAAGCUCACAUUGGAAACCAUGAACACCACAGUAAUAAAGGGCUUCAAUGGGUCUGAGCAGUGCCCCAGGGACACGCGGAUAUCGCAGCUGGUGUUCCCAGUCACCUACACAGUCUUGUUCUUCAUCGGCAUCCUGUUGAACACUCUGGCCCUGUGGGUGUUCAUUCACAUCCCCAGCUCCUCCACCUUCAUUGUCUACCUCAAAAAUACUCUGGUGGCUGACUUGAUAAUGACGCUCAUGCUUCCGUUUAAAAUCCUCUCCGACUCACACCUCGGACCCUGGCAACUCAGGGCCUUUGUGUGUCGUUUCUCGGCUGUCAUCUUUUAUGAGACCAUGUAUGUGGGCAUCAUACUGCUAGGUUUCAUAGCCUUUGACAGAUUCCUCAAGAUCAUCAGGCCUUUUGGAAAAUUUUUUGUCCAAAAACCUGUUUUUGCAAAAAUGGUCUCGACCCUUAUCUGGCUCCUUUUGUUCCUCAUCUCUCUGCCAAAUAUAAUCUUGAGCAACAAGGAAGCAACGCCGGCAUCUGUGAAAAAGUGUGCCUCCUUGAAGGGCCCCCUCGGGCUGAAAUGGCAUCAAGUGGUGAACUACAUAUGCCAGUUCAUUUUCUGGACUGUUUUUGUCCUGAUGCUUCUGUUUUAUGUGGUGAUUGCAAAAAAAGUAUACAGCUCUUAUAGAAAGUCCAGAAGUAAGGACCGCAAACACAACACAAAGCUGGAAGGUAAAGUAUUUGUUGUUGUGGCUGUAUUCUUUGUGUGUUUUGCUCCAUUUCAUUUUGCCCGAGUUCCAUACACUCACAGUCAAACCAACAGCAAGACUGACUGCAGGUUGCAAAACCAACUGUUUAUAGCUAAAGAAACGACUCUCUUUUUGGCAGCAACUAACAUUUGCAUGGAUCCCUUAAUAUACAUAUUCUUAUGUAAAAAAUUCACAGAACGCCUACCAUGUAUGACAGGGAGAAAGAUCACAGGAUCAACCCAAGAAAAUCAAACUACUCAGACAAUAUAA